GAACCAGUAGAUGCGGAUGCAGUUUCCGGACGAGUCAUAUUGCAGAAGACACAUGGUCCGAACCAUUACUGAUAGUUUUGGAGGGGGAGUUGAGUUUGAUCUGCACACGAGAGUAGUGUAAACACCGCCAACACUUAUGAAGUGUCCCUUCUAAUAUUGUAAUACAAAUUACAUUAAGCUAUGGUAACUUUACAGACUUUUCUCGUUCCCUGGAGUACAUUGGAAUAACCCUUCUCAGGGUUAGCGGUGCUCGGGUCCGGUAACAACAUGGCGGUGUCCGUGAGGGGCUCCUUUGGGCAGGGGUAGUGUUUGGUGUCCCUGUCUUGCGUGAUAUUGACAAACUGAAGCUUUCCUGCACCACUGGACUUAAGGAAGAGUGUACUCGUAGGCGGACAGCUUUAGUGGCCGGCCGGCCGCUCUCAUCCCCCAUAAGGAGCAGAGUCCUUUGUACUGACCAGGAUGAGCAACAUCUACAUCCAGGAGCCUCCCACGAAUGGGAAGGUUUUAUUGAAAACUACAGCUGGAGAUAUUGACAUAGAGUUGUGGUCCAAAGAAGCUCCUAAAGCUUGCAGAAAUUUUAUCCAACUUUGUUUGGAAGCUUAUUAUGACAAUACCAUUUUUCAUAGAGUUGUGCCUGGUUUCAUAGUCCAAGGCGGAGAUCCUACUGGCACAGGGAGUGGUGGAGAGUCUAUCUAUGGAGCGCCAUUCAAAGAUGAAUUUCAUUCACGGUUGCGUUUUAAUCGGAGAGGACUGGUUGCCAUGGCAAAUGCUGGUUCUCAUGAUAAUGGCAGCCAGUUCUUCUUCACACUGGGUCGAGCAGAUGAACUUAACAAUAAGCAUACCAUCUUUGGAAAGGUUACAGGGGAUACAGUAUAUAACAUGUUGCGACUGUCAGAAGUAGACAUUGAUGAUGACGAAAGACCACAUAAUCCACACAAAAUAAAAAGCUGUGAGGUUUUGUUUAAUCCUUUUGAUGACAUCAUUCCAAGGGAAAUUAAAAGGCCGAAAAAAGAGAAACCAGAGGAGGAAGUAAAGAAAUUGAAACCCAAAGGCACAAAAAAUUUUAGCUUACUUUCAUUUGGAGAGGAAGCUGAGGAAGAAGAGGAGGAAGUAAAUCGAGUUAGUCAGAGCAUGAAGGGCAAAAGCAAAAGUAGUCAUGACUUGCUUAAGGAUGAUCCACAUCUCAGUUCUGUUCCAGUUGUAGAAAGUGAAAAAGGUGAUGCAGCAGAUUUAGAUGAUGAUGGAGAAGAUGAAAGUGCAGAGCAUGAUGAAUAUAUUGAUGGUGAUGAAAAGAACCUGAUGAGAGAAAGAAUUGCCAAAAAAUUAAAAAAGGACACAAGUGCGAAUGUUAAAUCAGCUGGAGAAGAAGUGGAGAAGAAAUCAGUCAGCCGCAGCCCACCUUCUCUAUGCCUGUAUCUUGACUACUGGAUACAGCUCAGCAGAAUCACACAGGCAUAUACAAGCUGGUAUUAUUAUGGAUUUCUAGAUUCCAGCCUCAGCUGUGUCUCCAGUGCUUCCUUAUUACUCACUCGCCACAAUGUUUACUUCACACUUCAAACUCACUCACUGAACGGAUCACCUGGCUGCUUGUUUUUUUAUGAAAUGACAGUAAAUUUCUUCAACCCGUAUUUCUUUCUCUUCCCCGCUUCGAGAGUAAAAACUAACAAAACCAUUCCAUUUUAUUUCCUGUCCCUACUUCCUUCCUAUUUAUUUCUAAAUACAUAUCAUCUAGCUUCUCACCUACCACUGCACUGAAACUACUUCCACUAAGGCCAUCUAGUUGAUAAUCGACUGGCUACUUUCCAUUUUUUUUUCUUGGUCUUCCUGCUCUGGAGAUUUUUGUCUCUUUUCUCUUGAGACUAAUCUCUCUCAAGAACCUUACUAUUUAAAGUGUGAUCUGUGAAGCAGUAGCAUUAGUAUCACUUGGGAACUUGUUAGAAAUACUGAGUCUCAGGCCCUGUCCUACACAUUUUUAAUUAGAAUCUGCAUUCUAACAAGAUCCCCAGGUGAUUUUUGUGUGCAUUAGUUUGAGAAGCAGUCCUGUAGAAUAUUAAUUUUUAUCCCUACUGCUCCUGGACGAGUUCAAGUUUGUAUCAUGUUAGUUCCAAGGUCAGCAAGUUGUCAGCAAGUUGGUACUAUAUUCCCUGACUCCUUAGUGCAAACCUAUGUGCACCCUUUUCACACUCCUGUAAUAUUAGGUUACAUAUACAUUUUUUCUUCUUUGUGUAUCCUUAUACUGUAACUUUCUUGAAGGUAGUGAUCAUAUCCGUUUACAUUUGUAUCUCCAUGUUCAAACAGCAUAGGUACCCAAAUAUUUUUGUAAAUACAUGAACAAAAAAUGAAUAAAUUCUUCUUUGGCAAAUCAC